AUGAUUUCAUCUACUUUCGCUCUCGCUUCCCUUUUCGUCGCUGCGAACGCGCAGCAGGCUGGAACAAACAAGCCCGAGACCCAUCCACCUCUCGAAGUGUCGACUUGUACGGCCUCCGGAUGCACCACUUCAGCUCAGUCCAUCGUCGUCGAUGCCAACUGGAGAUGGUUGCAUAGUACCACCGGAUACACCAACUGCUACACUGGCAACACCUGGGAUGCUACACUUUGCCCUGACGGAGCCACAUGUGCCACAAAUUGUGCCUUGGAAGGAGCAGAAUACGCGAGCACUUACGGCAUCACGACAAGCGGAAAUUCUCUGAAGCUCAGCUUCGUCACCAAGUCCGCUCAAACGAACGUCGGUUCGAGGACCUACUUGAUGGCCCCAGGAAGCGAAACCAAGUACCAGAUGUUCAAGCUCCUCAACAAGGAGUUCACGUUCGACGUGGACGUUUCGAAAAUGCCUUGUGGCGUCAAUGGAGCCCUCUACUUCUCCGAGAUGGAUGAGGAUGGUGGGAUGGCUCGACACCCUACCAACAAGGCCGGCGCGAAGUAUGGAACUGGUUAUUGUGAUGCUCAGUGUGCGCGAGAUGUCAAAUUCAUCAACGGCGAAGCCAACUCUGAGGAAUGGAAGCCCUCUGCCACUGAUGUCAAUGCCGGUACCGGAAAGUAUGGAAGUUGCUGUAAUGAAAUGGACAUUUGGGAAGCCAACUCUGUAUCUACAGCCUACACUCCUCAUCCUUGUAACGAUCCUGGGCAAACUCGUUGCACCGGAACCGAUUGUGGGGUCGGGGCGCGAUACUCGUCGGUGUGCGAUGCUGAUGGAUGCGACUUCAAUCCUUACCGCAUGGGCGUCACUGAUUUCUAUGGAGAGGGGAAGAAGAUCGAUACCUCCGCCAAGAUGACCGUUGUCACCCAGUUCAUUACCGACGACAAUACGGACACGGGAACUCUUGUCGAUAUCAGGCGAUUCUACGUCCAAAACGGCGUCACGUUUGCCAACCCGAACUCAACCGUCGCCGGAGUGACUGAAAACUCCCUCACCGACUCCUUCUGCGAAGCCCAGAAGACCGCUUUCGGCGACAACAACAUAUUCAAGGAGAAGGGAGGCCUCGCCGCCAUGGGUGAAUCGCUGGGGAGAGGCGUCGUGCUGGUGAUGUCCAUCUGGGACGACCAUGCCGCCAACAUGCUGUGGCUGGACUCUUCCUACCCGCCCACCAAAGACCCUUCCGCCCCUGGCGUGACUCGAGGCACCUGCGCACCCACGUCCGGUGUUCCCAAGGACGUGGAGGCCAGCUCUCCCGACUCUUCCGUCACUUUCUCGAACAUCAAAUGGGGUCCCAUCGGCUCGACCUUCAAGGCGCUGUAG